CCCGCCUCGCCUCCCGCACCCGGCAGGUUCCCCACCCGGCAGCGCCGCCCGGCAGCUCCUCCUCGUCUCCGCCCCGCCGGCCGCGGGCGCRGGGGACGUCAGCGCUGCCAGCGUGGAAACCACCGCCGGGCGCGGGAGGCGGAAGUAGCGCCCGGGACUGCCGGGCCACCCACCGGACUCCGCCGGCCGCCUCAGCCAUGGACGCGUCCCUAGAGAAGAUAGCAGACCCUACAUUAGCUGAAAUGGGGAGGAACUUGAAGGAGGCCAUGAAGAUGCUGGAGGAGAGUCAGAGUAGAAGAGUAGAAGAUGAAAAUGGGAAGAAGCUCAUGUCAGAGGAUAUUCCAGGGCCACUCCAGGGAAGUGGACAAGAUAUGGUGAGCAUCCUCCAGUUAGUUCAGAAUCUGAUGCACGGAGAUGAAGAUGAGGAGCCCCAGAGUACCCGAAUCCAGAAUAUAGGAGAACAAGGUCACAUGGCUUUGUUGGGGCAUAGUCUGGGAGCUUUUAUUUCAACUCUAGACAAAGAGAAGCUGAGAAAACUUACAACUAGGAUACUUUCAGAUACUACCUUGUGGCUAUGCAGAAUUUUCAGGUAUGAAAAUGGUUGUGCUUAUUUCCAUGAAGAGGAAAGAGAAGGACUUGCAAAGAUCUGUAGGCUUGCCAUUCAUUCCCGAUAUGAAGACUUUGUGGUGGAUGGAUUCAACGUGUUGUAUAACAAAAAACCUGUUGUCUAUCUCAGUGCUGCUGCUAGACCUGGCCUGGGCCAGUACCUUUGUAAUCAGCUUGGCCUGCCCUUCCCCUGCUUGUGCCGUGUGCCCUGUAACACUAUGUUUGGUUCCCAGCAUCAGAUGGAUGUUGCGUUCCUGGAAAAAAUGAUUAAAGACGACAUAGAACGAGGAAGACUGCCCCUGCUGCUUGUUGCAAAUGCUGGAACUGCAGCAGUAGGACACACAGACAAGAUUGGACGUUUGAAAGAGCUCUGUGAGCAGUAUGGCAUAUGGCUUCACGUGGAGGGUGUGAAUCUGGCAACAUUGGCUCUAGGUUAUGUCUCCUCGUCAGUGCUGGCUACAACCAAAUGUGAUAGCAUGACACUGACUCCUGGACCGUGGCUGGGUUUGCCGGCUGUUCCUGCAGUGACUCUCUACAAGCAUGAUGAUCCUGCCUUGACAUUAGUUGCCGGUCUUACAUCAAAUAAGCCAGCAGACAAACUCCGUGCCCUGCCUCUGUGGUUAUCUUUACAAUACUUGGGACUUGAUGGGAUUGUGGAGAGGAUAAAACAUGCUUGUCAACUGAGCCAACGGUUGCAGGAAAGUUUGAAGAAAGUGAACCACAUCAAAAUCUUGGUAGAAGAUGAGCUCAGUUCUCCAGUAGUGGUAUUCAGAUUUUUCCAGGAAUUACCAGACUCAGAUUCAGUGUUUAAAGCUGUCCCAGCACCCAACAUGGCACCUUCAGCAGUCAACCGAGAGAGGCACUCCUGCGAUKCGCUGAAUCGCUGGCUGGGAGAGCAACUGAAACAGCUGGUACCUGCGAGUGGCCUCACUGUCAUGGACCUGGAAGUCGAGGGCACGUGUAUACGAUUCAGCCCUUUAAUGACAGCUGCAGUUUUAGGAACUCGAGGAGAGGAUGUGGAUCAACUAGUAGCCUGUAUUGAAAGCAAACUGCCAGUCCUGACCUGUACCCUACAGCUGCGUGAAGAGUUCAGGCAGGAAGUAGAAGGGAUGGCAGGUCUCCUAUAUGUUGAUGACCCCAACUGGCCUGGGAUCGGGGUUGUCAGGUAUGAACAUGCUAAUGAUGAUAAGAACAGUUUGAAAUCAGACCCAGAGGGGGAAAAUAUCCAUGCUGCACUCCUGAAAAAGUUAAAUGAACUGGAAUCUGAUCUUACAUUUAAAAUGGGCCCUGAAUACAAAAGUAUGAAGAGCUGUAUCUACAUUGGCAUGGCAAGUGACGACACAGAUGUUUCCGAACUAGUGGAGACCAUUGCAGUCACAGCCCGGGAGAUCGAGGAGAACUCUAGGCUUCUGGAAAACAUGACGGAAGUUGUUCGGAAAGGAAUUCAGGAAGCUCAGGUCCAGCUGCAGAAGGCGAAUGAGGAGCGACUUCUGGAAGAGGGAGUGCUGCGGCAGAUACCUGUAGUAGGAUCCGUGCUGAAUUGGUUUUCUCCAGUGCAAGCUUCACAAAAGGGAAGAACUUUUAACUUAACAGCAGGCUCUCUGGAGUCCACAGAACACACAUAUGUCUACAAAGCACAAGGUACAGGAGUGACACCACCUCCAACCCCCUCAGGCACUCGAAUCAAACAGAGACUUCCAGGCCAAAAGCCUUUCAAAAGGUCCCUGAGAGGUUCAGAUGCUGUGAGUGAGACCAGCUCUGUCAGUCACAUUGAAGACUUGGAAAGGAUGGAGCACCUAUCCACUGGACCCGAGCAAAAUACCCAAGAGAUGGCCCAUGGYCCUGAGCAACCCCCUGGGGAUUCCGUCCCUCCAGCUAGCCAUCCYGAGGCCCUCCAGAACAGGGCCCAGCACCCUGAAGAUGACCACCCACAGGAUCUCUAGUGUGAUCGAGUUGGAUUGGUUGGCUUCAAGGAGAACAGGUCUCAGCGGGACAGUGAGAGUAUAAGAAGCUGCCUCCUGCUGUCUCCAACUGCUGCUUUUCCUGGAGAUUGAGUAAGGACUGUGUCCACCAAGCUGUGGCAAGGCUUCUGUCUGGAACUGUCCUCUGCCACAAUUCCUUUUCUCCCUUUAUAUACUCUUUAUAAACAAAUUUAAGGACUCAUCUAUUAAGAGUAACUCUAACAUCUCUUCCCGACCAUGUGUGUAUAUAUAUAUAUAUAUAUAUGUAUGUGUGUAUGUGUGUGUGUGUGUGUAUAUACACACAUAUACAUAUAUAUGUAUAUUUUUAAAUACUGGUAAAGCUUUUAAAUCAGACUGAGCUCGUUUCUGUUUAAUAUCUGAAAGCCCGAAAGAGGCUGCUCCGAAGAGCCCGWCACUAAGUAUGCUGUGCAGCGCUCCUUAGGUGGAAUUCUCAAGUAAGUACCUUUGACCUGUCACUCUGGAGCACCUCCGGCUUCUCUUCCACUUGUAGCUCACCCUGGGCCCAGCUCAGAAAGGAGAGCCAGAGAAGUCAUCUCUCCCAGUCUGACCAGGCCAGACUGCUGCAAUUACUGAAGUAAGCUCCUCAUUCCUGCCCAUUUCUACUAUCCCAAAGCACCGCAUUCCUUCCAAUCGGGCCCCUGUGCCUUUUUUUUUAGCCUCACAAAGUCAAGCAAUGGGAGAGCAUAGAUGGGGAGGAAUUCACAAUGGAUCUGUGGAUUGCAGUGUUGGAGCCUUAGUUAUGCCACAUUAAGCCUAUAAUUAUACUGAUUUGAUGUGAUUUUUGACAUUUGGCACUUGUUAAAAUGCAAUUUUCCUUUUUUUUUUUUUUUUUUUUUUUACUUUUUUUGGGGAGAGGGGGUGCAGAUGAUCAAACACAGUCUUCCCUGUUUAUUUGGUGCAAUGAAGUAUAGCAGAUAACCAGGGGGAGGGGUAAAUUAUCACCUUUAACAAGAUUAAUUUUUAAAUGUUUUUAUAUAUAUAUUUGGAAUUGUUAAAUUGGUUUUGCUGAAACAGAAUUUCAUCCUUGAGAUACUAUUUGAAUGUUGGU